GAGCAAAUAGAAUGUCUUACUUGGAAAAAGAAAAGCAAACGUUUUUAAGAGGACGUGUUUCUGAUUUUGUCCGAAGACUUACUGAUAAUUCUUAAUGAAAAAAAAAGUAUCUCCAUGAAUUCAAACAAUUUGUCCAGUAUAUUUAGUUUGGGUCAUCCUUUUGGCUCGCGAAAGCAUUUUAGUAGACGCUGUAAACGGGCCUGGGGUAGACCCAAGGCCUGUGGUUACGUAACAAUGCCCACAAGUUGACAAUGUAUAGGCUACGUUAACUAUUUUAGAAUAUUGCUAAGCCUGUCCGACCUCAACAAUGUCGGAUGGCGAGGAAGACUCCAAUGCUGAGCACAACGUAUUUAUGAGCCUGGUUUCCCGUGUCAUACGACAACCUCUUUAUAGAUUUCCAGGGCAGUGGGGUCUCGAAUCAUAUGAACCACGGAUCUACAAAGCACUGGGAAACAAACUGCGCAAUGCAACAUCCGAAGAAUUUGAAUUCUUUAUAUCAGACUUCAUCACCUUCGCCCAGACAGCCCAUGUGCAGCUCAACACACAGUUCUACCUGGAGUUCAUGAACGUGUGCACCAACAUCAUCCUGCAUUGGGUCUUUGCGCGCAGGGGGAACGUGGAAAUCAUUAGAACACUCAUGGCGCGAACAUCGUAUUUCCUCCAAGACCCGAAUGACUGUUUGGCCAUUGCCUGGAGGUCCUUCACACCCAUUUACAGCCCAAGCCCCAUGGGUGGAGUGACGCCGUUGAUAUUCGUGGCCCAGAACCGGCAGUAUGACGUUCUAAAGGUUCUACUGCAAUACGGGAUGUUGGAGCGCGAACGGCGACCUACUUAUAUCAUCAUUUGUCUCCUGUUCAUCCCGCCACGCCUAGACGUGCAGGAUGAGCACAACCAAGGGGAAGUGGGCCGAGGCAUCCGCGAGUGCUUGGAACUGUGCUGCAGAGUGCUCACCUCCAUCUCCAUAACUGACAUCGAGAUGCAGAUCAUUUAUGGGCGGAUGCCGAUGAUUGAGGACUGGAGAGACUGCAUCCCCGCUAACCGCUACCAGGAGCCCUGUGAGCUGACCCACCUCUGCAGGGCGGCAGUGCGUGGAUGUCUGCUGAGGAUGGGUCGACUCCCUGGUGGCAUUAAGGACCUACCUCUCCCCUCGUGCCUCCAGUCUUUCCUCAAUCUUGAGUUCUGAACCCCUGAACUUGGCCUUCGCUGACACUUGCACUUCUCAGGGACCUCAAAUUAAAUGGCCUUUGUCUUUUUUAAGACCAAGACACGACCUCU